AUGGAUAAGGACAGCACAAACCUAGCUGACCAGCAGUAUGAAUGUGUGGCUGAGAUUGGGGAAGGAGCCUACGGGAAGGUGUUCAAAGCCCGAGACUUGAAGAACGGAGGUCGCUUUGUUGCACUGAAGCGGGUACGGGUGCAGACCAGCGAGGAGGGGAUGCCACUGUCCACCAUCCGAGAAGUGGCAGUUUUGAGGCACCUGGAGACGUUUGAGCACCCCAAUGUGGUCAGAUUGUUUGAUGUGUGCACAGUGUCACGAACAGACAGAGAGACCAAAUUAACGUUGGUGUUUGAACAUGUGGAUCAAGACUUGACUACUUACUUGGAUAAAGUUCCAGAGCCUGGAGUGCCUACUGAAACUAUAAAGGAUAUGAUGCUCCAGCUUUUUCGGGGACUGGAUUUUCUGCAUUCACAUCGUGUGGUGCAUCGGGACCUGAAACCCCAAAAUAUCCUUGUAACCAGCAGCGGGCAGAUAAAGUUAGCUGAUUUUGGCCUUGCACGAAUCUACAGUUUUCAGAUGGCUCUUACCUCAGUGGUUGUUACUUUGUGGUAUAGAGCUCCCGAAGUCUUGCUUCAGUCCAGCUAUGCAACACCAGUUGAUCUUUGGAGUGUUGGCUGCAUAUUUGCAGAAAUGUUCCGUCGAAAACCACUCUUCCGUGGAAAUUCAGAUGUUGAUCAGCUAGGAAAAAUCUUCGAUGUAAUUGGACUCCCAGAAGAAGAGGACUGGCCUAAUGAUGUUGCCCUUCCAAGAAAUGCUUUCACUUCCAGGCCUGGACAACCUAUUGAAAAAUUUGUACCAGAUAUUGAUGAACUGGGCAAAGACUUGCUUCUUAAAUGCUUAGCAUUCAAUCCAACCAAGAGAAUAUCUGCCUAUGUUGCCCUCUCUCACCCAUAUUUCCAUGAUCUGGAGAAAUGCAAGGAGAAUCUGGACUCUCACAUGUCAUCCAGCCAAAACUCCAGUGAGGUGAAUGCAUCAUAA